GAAGGUUCUCACAACACUUUGUUCAAAAUUAUUGCGCAACUAUUUCAGAAAUGAUGCGAUUAACAAGCUGUGCCCCAGGACUGGAGUACUUGGAGACAGUCGACCAACUCAUAAUACGACAAAAAGUGGAACUUAUCGAAGUGUUAACGGGCUUCGAGACAGCUAAUGCUUACGUCGUCGUCAACAACGAGGGACAGGAAUUAUUUUAUGCGACCGAAGAGAGCGACAUCUGCACACGCAACGGCUGUGGGACUCUUCGGCCUUUCACCAUGGCUCUCAGGGACGUAAGCGGAUCAGACAUCAUUCACAUGAACAGACCACUAAGAUGCGACAGCUGCUGGUGUUCAUGGUGUGUUCAGAGUAUGGAAGUAUCGUCCCCACCAGGAUAUAUUAUCGGACACGUGGAACAACAACGAGGUGCACUCCGUCCAACAUUCCUCGUGCAGGACGCCGAAAGGCACACGAGGUUCAUCGUCGUUGGACCACAUUUUCAUUGGUGCUGCUGCGGAGACGUACCGUUCAGAGUACUGUCGCCACCCCACAAUAAAGAAGUCGGUCUGAUCAGUAAACAAUGGUCCGGUUUGCUAAAAGAAUUACUGACAGAUGCAGACACCUUUGGUGUUUGCUUCCCCAUGGACCUGGACGCCAAACUGAAAGCCGUUGUUAUUGCGACAGCGUUUUUAAUCGACUUCCUCUUCUUUGAGAAGCCAGCAAAUUUGGACCGAUGCCGUCUGCUCGGGAUUUUAUGACGUGUAUGUCUUGUCUUCCUGUCGUAACCACAUACUAAAAAAUAAAUUUCGGUCAAUAUC